AGGACGCAGCGUGACGCGGGAGGACGCAGCGUGACGCGGGAGGACGCAGCGUCGGCCGGCGCGGGGACCAUGUCGAGUGAUUUCUAUCUGCGAUAUUAUGUGGGGCACAAGGGCAAGUUUGGCCACGAGUUCUUAGAGUUCGAGUUCAGGCCGGACGGCAAACUCAGAUAUGCAAAUAACAGCAACUACAAAAAUGACGUAAUGAUUAGGAAGGAGGCAUAUGUCCAUAAAAGUGUUAUGGAAGAACUAAAGCGAAUCAUAGAAGACAGUGAAAUCACAAAGGAAGACGAUGCGUUGUGGCCCCCACCUGACCGGGUGGGGCGACAGGAGCUGGAGAUUGUAAUAGGAGAUGAACAUAUUUCAUUUACAACAUCAAAGAUUGGGUCUCUAAUUGAUGUAAAUCAAUCCAAGGAUCCAGAGGGCCUGCGAGUAUUCUACUACCUGGUCCAGGACUUGAAAUGUCUAGUUUUCAGUCUCAUUGGGUUGCACUUCAAGAUCAAGCCUAUCUAAGAGUUUGAUAUUCACACAAGGAUGAUGGAUUCAGGGAUGGACCGCACUCGGAGUGGGAAGAGAUAAGAGGGCUCAAAUUGACUUGGACUCAAUAUGUGUUACAGUAACUAACUUUGUCUCAUGUGGAUUGUAGAUUUGGUAAUUUUUUUAUGUGAAUAUAUAACGAUUUCAUCUUGUUCACAAAAUAUUUGAUUUUCUUUUUAUAUUAAAAUAAAUUUAAUUGGAUAAUUAA